AUGGAUCUCUUUUUGCAGCCAGAAGACAUAUCGUCUCCACCUUCGACUCCACCUUCUUCCUCUUCUACUUCUUCCUCCACUUUGGCAGCUGGUGCUUACAGGCCAUUACAGAGACAAAGGUCGUCGUAUAUCAUGGACACAACUGGCGGCGCAGAUUCCAUAAUGGACAAGGUUCGCUUGGAUUACAUUGGUCGAGUCAAGAGCACCUUUCAACAGCUUACCUAUGCACAACGUCAUUUCUUUAUCACUGAACUGCUCGGUUGCUGUGAUAACCAGCUACUCCAAUAUAUCUACACCUUCAUCACACCCAAGCUCAAGAUCGACUUCUUGAAGGAACUACCAAUCGAACUCUCCCUUCAUGUACUAUCAUUCAUCGAUGAUCCCCGCACAUUGGCUCGAGCAUCACAUGUGUCCAAGCAUUGGAAUGUACUACUUAAAGACGAAGCCGCCUGGAAAUCGCUCUGUUUCAAGCAUCAAUACCAGCACCAGCAAAUCGCGCAUGUGCCCAAAUCAAUCAAAACGACCCACCCUGUGCACGGAUCUCUUGUUGCUCAACGGCACCACCCAAUGCCAACCAUCUCAUAUCGUGAUUUCUUUCGCCGAAAGUACAAUAUCGAUACCGCCUAG